GAUCCUCUGGUUUCUGUAGCUGGACACAGACAGAACCCAGCCAAAACUGGGCUGGAUCCCAGCAGCCAGGAACUGCAAGUCCUCUGCUCCCGCAGUGCCAGGCUUGACCCCAUCAGGCGGCACCGAACUGCCUUCACCCAAGACCAGGUGUCUCGUCUGGAGCAGGAGUACAGAAGGGAGAGCUAUGUGUCCAGACCCCUGCGUUGUGAGCUGGCCUCAGCCCUAAACCUACCGGAGACUACCAUCAAGGUUUGGUUUCAAAACAGAAGGAUGAAGGAUAAACGACACAGACACACCUCGCCAUGGACUCACCCACUCAUCGAUCCACUGGGGGCCCUUCUGAUUGGCCGUUCUCCUGCACCUUCCACUCUAACACACCCCUUCCUCUCACCCCAUCUCCCACACUUUCAGCAUUAUUCCUCUUUGCCCCCCCAUCCCUCUUUUCAUAGUCUGUACAGUGCACCAGUGAGGCAGCUAAACGUUUUCCACCACAGGCCUGGGGAGCUAGCCUUUUACCCCUCUGCAGGUCUUGUGCACCAUCCUGCUACAUGCGCUUUCUCUGUUUGCCCCCAGUGGGAACAUCAACAACUCCUCAAAGCCCAGGGGGAUGCAAUGGGACUCAGCCAUCCUCUUGGUUCAAAGAACAAAACACAGCCAGCUGUUCCAGACCAGAUUAAAGACAUUGUGUGAUAUUAGGGAAAAACACUCACUGUGGCUUUCAAGGGCUCUUCUGUAAAUAAACAGAAACAAACAAGUCAGAUUAAUCCACUAGAAAAAAAGGGGAAAAUGUUCAAUUUAUA